CUAAAUUGCAGUGAGUCGUGUUGAAACUGGAGGAGUUGUGGUUAGUUUCAGYSGAUUUUGAGUGCUGUUUGUAGUGUUUUUCAAGUGUUGAAAACUAUGCAAAGUGACGAAUGUGAAGCAAAUCAAAUUCAGGGUUUUCCAAUUAAGAAGAUGAGGUCGUCUCGAGAUAAACAAGCAGUAGUAACAGCAGCGAGGGCAUUAUGGAAACGACGAACGAUCUAACGAGAUUACCGUGUCGGUGUUGUAAAUAAUUUCCUCUUGAGGAGAAUGUCUGUGAUUUAAAUUUCGGUGGUGAUGGUGUUAAGACCCCCAAAAGUGCUAAUGUGAUGCGAAAUACACUCAACGCAUCCGCGUGUGCGGCACUUCUCGAUGCUGUCAAUUGGGGCGAUCCGCAAUUGCUUCUCUCCUUAUCAAUCUUGGCUCUUAUCAAUGUUAUGGUCAUUGUGGGCAACUGUUUGGUCAUUGCGGCCGUUUUCUGCUCCUCCAAAUUGCGCUCAGUGACGAAUUUGUUCAUCGUUUCUUUGGCCGUGGCUGAUUUACUCGUCGGAGUCGCCGUUUUGCCCUUUUCAGCGACGUGGGAGGUUUUUAAGGUCUGGAUAUUUGGCGACGUUUGGUGCAACAUGUGGCUGGCUUUGGAUGUCUGGAUGUGCACAGCGUCCAUUCUCAAUCUGUGUGCCAUAUCCCUGGACCGUUAUGUCGCCGUGACGCGUCCCAUCACAUACCCCAGCAUCAUGUCCCCAUCCAGAGCCAAGCUUUUAAUCGCCGGCUUAUGGGUGCUCAGUUUUGUGAUUUGUUUUCCUCCCCUGGUCGGAUGGAAAGAGACUGAAAGGCGUUGUCCGUGGAAGUGCGAACUGACUAACGAGGCAGGGUAUGUUGUGUAUUCAGCCCUUGGUAGCUUUUACAUACCGAUGUUUGUCAUGUUGUUCUUCUACUGGAGGAUUUAUCGAGCGGCUAUAAGAACCACCAGGGCAAUUAACCAGGGAUUUAGGACGACCAAAGGUUCCCGCGGCUUCGGCAACCGCUUCGACGAGCAACGCCUCACAUUGCGCAUCCAUCGCGGCCGCGGCUCCUCCGACAAGCACCAUCCUCACGGCUCGCCCCACAGCAACGGCAGCAACAGCACCACCACAAGCAGCGUCAGUCCCAGUCCCUCCACUCGCGGCAGACACGAACGCGUCAAAAUCAGCGUCAGUUAUCCCUCCAGCGAGAACCUCUCCCCCAACCCCAAUCUGCUCGCCGCCCCUGUGUCCCCCACACAAUUCGCCGUUCAUUACUCCGUCAACGGGAAAGACAACACCACCACCACGUCGGCGUUGUACAAACGGGAGAACCAGUUGAGAGUGCAGAGACUGAGCUCGAGGAGGAGGGCGUCGAGGAGGUCGAGUAGCUGCGAGAGAGCGCCGAGUCCUAGUCCUAGUGCCUGCGAGGAGGGGAGGAAGGUCAUGUCGAGGAGGAUGGGCAAGAGGAAUAUCAAAGCGCAAGUGAAGAGGUUUCGGAUGGAGACCAAAGCCGCGAAAACACUCGCGAUUAUCGUUGGGGGAUUUAUCUUCUGUUGGCUUCCCUUUUUCACCAUGUAUUUAGUGAGGGCUUUUUGCCCGGAUUGUAUCCCGCCGUUGCUGUUUUCGAUACUCUUCUGGCUGGGGUAUUGCAACAGUGCGAUUAAUCCGCUCAUUUAUGCACUCUUCUCCAAAGACUUCAGAUUCGCCUUCAAGCGCAUCAUCUGCAAGUGCUUCUGCAAGGGUCGCGACGGCGGCCCUCGUCGAGGUUCCGACGGCUCGCAGCUCCAAGGCCGCCAAUUCCGAUCUCCAAGUUACAACGUCCAACAACAGGGUAACUCCCUCGGAGACGACAGUGAUCCCGGGGCCGAUCCCUCCGAUUCGAGGUGACGUAAACGCAAAAAAUCAUCCUCACAAAUGUACCUGGACAAAAAGUCGGUUUUGAAAGUGGCCAUGUGCUUGUACGGCGGCUGACGAAGAAACCUCGCCGGAGAUGGCGGCGACCACAUCUAGACGUCUAGCAUUUAAAUAACUUAAAUUUACUUGUUCGUUUUUUUUGGAGAGGGAAAGAUUAACGACUUAACUCUUUUAGGAUAAUUUUAAUAUAAGGUUUCAUCACGCACAACGGUUUAUUUAUUUAUUGAUUCGAGCAUUUGUACAUUCUCAUCGCGACCGAUAAUAAAGGCUGUGUUUAUUGUAGCCAAAAUGUUAGGUAAUUUUUUAUGUGAGACUUGAGGAAACCAUCAGAUUCAAUGUCUAAUAUUUAAUAACUAAGGCUCGGAUUAUUUGCAAAAUGCAUAUUUGACAUUAAGAGGUAUAUCAACAAAAUUGUAAGUUUUCUAUGCAUAUCUAAUGUUUUUUUGAUUAAAAUAAGCUAAAAAAAAUGC